AUGAGUUCCCAUUCGGAAAAACUCGCCAAUGAGCUGGCGAGUCAUCAGGAGUUGCUCGCCUGGAUUGAGAACCAGCCAAAAGAAUCCCAAAUCGAAAAUGCAAAUAUCUCCUUCGCCAAGCUGCUUGAGGAAGCCGGCCAGCCCAAAUCCGUUUCGGGAAAUGCUUGUGUGAGACUAUGCGGCUUUGUUGAACACUUUUCUAAAUCACAGUUGGAUCAGCUUCAAAGCUGGGCGUUUUCCGAGGAUGUCGCCCAACAACUAUUCACCUUUUACAUGGAGUGGAAUGAGUCUGAUCAUCAUCGCUCGAUGAAACUUGUUCUAGAUCUCCUCACUCGGUUGCAAAAGAAAAACCCGGAUGUCUCAGCCGCUAAAAACAUUGAGAAAUCUCUCCUGAAUUACUUGAUAUCUAUCAUUGUCGGUCUUAAAUCAAAACCAGUAGCCAAGUCGGCCAUCAAGACCUUGGACUAUUUUGUCUCGAAAAACAUAUAUUCACUCAACGACAUUAAGCUCUCCUAUGUUAAAAGCCUUCCAGAAAAAGAGUCUCUCGAUGAGAUUGAGGUAUGGCACAGCUUUUUCGGGGAACUGUUUUCCUGGAUGAAGAAUCACUUUGUCUGCCCGACGGCCGGGAGAUUGGCUGUGUGUCUUUACCGGCGCCUCAGAAAUGCUAAGAACCAACCACAAAGUAUCAUCAGCCCUAAAAUCUGGCAUCAGUGGCUACUUGAGUACAUAGAAGAAGACCCUUCGCUUCUUGAGUCUGUGAAGAAUUACAUUUUUCUGCCACUGUUCAACGCUGAGAGGACUGAGGCAUUAGAAUUCCUACGGAUGAUAGCGACCAGCGAUAUCGUUGCGUCCAAUAGGGAUAUAGACGUAAAUCUUCCCGCUCUUUUGCAGCUGGCCGCCUUGGAAACCGGGAAAAGAGUAGGGUUGGUUGAGGAGCCGUCACUGAAUACCGACAGUCAGGAAAAUGACGGAAAAUCUUCCAUCCUCUUGAAUCAGGAUAUCCUCAACAGUGUACUGGCUCAUCCUUCUCAUGAAGUUCGAUCUUUGGCGUUUUCCCUUCUCAUAACCUCUCCAUCGACCACCAGACCAUAUUCUCUCACAGCCUUGAAUCUGUUACGGCAGCACUUAGGGACCUAUUUUGCAGAUCCAGAUGCCAAAUUUCGUGUCGAUGUCAUGGCUAGGGCUCGGGAUAUGUUCAAGAGAAUAAGAGGCGCCAUCUGUGUCCUCAAAAGAAGCAUCCCAAGAGUAAGAGCAAAAGCUCUAAAGCGCAAAGCUGCAGAAAGGGCUACUACAGAGGGGGUUUCGCCGGCAGCAGACGCCCAACCCAUCCUAUAUCGUUCCAACUUGAUCGAUCUCCCAGAAGGACAACUAGUCCACUGUCUAGAGUAUCACGCAAAGUUUCUCAGAUGGUAUAUAGACUUCCUUUGCUCCGAGCUCACGCCGACAGCUUCUUACCAACGACAUGUUGGCUCCCUCAAAGCGAUUUCGUCCAUUCUUCGGCUAGAAUCUGACCCGAAAAAGGAUUGGGGAACAGAUUCGGACCAGGAGAUUUUCUAUGAUCUCGUCGAUAAAAGAUGGGCACGAGCCCUAUUUGAUCUUGUCAUGGACCCCUUUGACGAUGUGAGAGAACUCUCUUCGGCUGCCACCAAGUCCAUCCUCAGCGAUAUGAGAUACAAAAAGUUUUCUUUGUCGGGAGCGAGCCGUAGGGACUCUCCUGUUAAUGAGCUACAAGAUCUGUCGAAUCGAGCAAACGAACUUUCCCGAAGAACAGCAAGAGCUGAUCAUUCUGAUGGUGCAGCAAGGGCUUGUCAGCUUCUAUAUCGAUUCUUCGGUGAUGAGACCGCGCAACUGGGUUUUAUUUCACGCACCAUCGAUAAACUAGAGGCCAAAAUCGCACUUGCUCAGUCCAACCUUGGUCAAGCUGUGCUCGAAGACCCUGUUCAUGGCGACUUCUCUGCCUUGCGUUAUAUCUGGCAGAUUGUCUCUACGCAAGCAUUCAGCGGGUCAUCUCUCGAUGCUGGCCAGGCGGUGCAAAAUAGACUGGUGAGCUGCUGUGAGCAAAUAUGGGAUGCCGUUCGUGAUAUCCUUUGUGACGACAGUCCCGAAGGUCAUUUGCCUCAAGAAUUGGAGGAAGUAGACGGUAUCAAUACUAAGGAUAUUCUAAGUUACAGCUUCCGAGCUAUUCAUGAGUCAAGCAAUCUCAUCCGGGCAAUGGCUCUCACAGUCCGGGCCAAGUCACAGGCAAAGUUCAUCAGCCCCUCAUUAGACUCUUUCAAGAGAAUGGGUGACCUCUCAUUCAUUCAGCUCUCGACCCUGAGGCACCGGGGAGCCUUCUCGACUGUGUCAUCAACUUUUUCCACAUGCUGCCAACAGACGCAAUACUUAGACAAGGAGGGUGCCGGUAGCAAUAUCCUAGACGCGUGGUACCAGGGAACCAUGAGUGCCAUUUUUUCCCAGGUCUCGACUACACGCCGUUCAGCAGGUAUUCCAUCACUCAUGACAGGCAUACUCUCUGCAGACGCACCUUCUCCUUCCUUUGAGCAGGUGAUGGAGAAACUCAUCGAGAUUUCAGGAGUCGAAGCAUUCGUUCGUGAGACUGACGGUUCCAAUCUUCCCCAAGUCCACGCAUUCAACUGCCUCAAAGAUAUCUUCAAGAGCUCAUUCCUAACAUCGAUGGGGAAUAAAUCCGAGAAAUACCUCCCUCAGUGCCUAGAGCUGGCUGCAAAUGGCCUUCGGUCCGAGGUCUGGGCAAUUCGCAACUGUGGUCUUAUUCUCCUUCGAAGCCUCAUCGACUGUCUCUUCGGUUCCAACGAAAGCAAAGCAAUGAUAGAGUUGGGGUGGGACGGGAAGGCCAAUCGCAUUCCUUACCACCGUUAUUCGACAUUGCCCAGGGUUCUGGUCAACCUACUCGAGUCUGGCCACCAGAUGAUGUCUGUCACUGCCACGAGCGCCGCGGGUGCGGAAUCAGUAUUUCCUGCACUUGACAUCAUAAGGCGCGCGGGUCCCCCUGACGAGCUUCGUGAAGAGCUCAUGCUGCAUAUAUCCACAUAUCUGGGCAGUCCAGUGUGGCACGUCCGAGAAAUGGCCGCCCGCACACUUUGUUCUUGUCUACUGCACGACAAAUGGCUUGUGGUCAUGCAAGACCUCCUCCAACAAGCGAUUAAUGACCAAACUAAAAAUUCCCAGAACCGGAUCCAUGGAGUGCUGGUAGCGCUCAAAUUCGUCAUUGAGAGGCUCUCUGAGGUAUCUCCGGAACGUCUCACGCCCAAUCUGUCAAACCUGGUGCAGCUUCUCCAUGAGACCAAAAUUGAUUCUCACUACAUCCAUUGCCCUGACAUCCUGGCUGCAUAUGUCGAGGUCAUCAAUCUCAUAUGGAGCCUCCUUUCUUCUCUAGAGUCAGAGUUUCCCUCAAAGUCUUUGGAGGUAUCAAUAUCUACUUCUGAAGAUAGUGCACUUCUGAAGAUUCAACGUAUCAAGCAUCAGAUACUAGCUGCAAAGUUCAACGACUCAUCCCUUGAUGUUGUCAACACUCUACUUCUCGGAAAUAAACUUGGCGUCAACACCAUGCUCACAGCCCUCGAAACCCUUCCGCAGCUCUGGAAUGUCUCCUCCGCGUCAUCUGAAGUGCUCGCACAAUUUUCUGGCCUGUAUAUCAAUAUUUGUCUCGAAAACAGCUCGCUUGAUGUUCAGGCUAUUGCUCUCGAGAACCUCGCAGACAUCCUUGAGCAUUUCCUAGCGCAAACAAAGGACACGGAGUUGUUGAGGUCACUGCCCCUGGAACAGCUUCUGGAAUCUCUGCUCUCCCACACCUUGAACCCAUCUCUUUCCAACGCCAUUCUUAGAGUCAGCGGGAGCGCGGUUGCUCUCAUGAAAGUCUUUGGCCGUUUGUCUCCCAGCAGGCUCCAGAGCUGGGGCGUCAUGAUGGCCGAUGCUGGCCUCGAUGAUAAGACCUUCGAUAGCCGUUUCGCCGCCGCGCAGUCACUUCAUGCCUUCUUCCUAUCAGUCGGUCCCAAUUGCACGGGCGAUGAUUUCCUACCAGCUUUGGUUUCACUCUACGACACCUUGAACGACGAUGAUGACGAGGUUCGUGAGGUUGGCUCCCUCGCGGUGAGGUCCAUUAUCGGGCAGCCCCUGGUUCCCAUCCAGGCAGCCAACUGCUUGUCACAAUGGCUCUCUGCUGAGUUUAGCAACUCCGCUUCGUUCAAGGCUGUUGUCGCUGCCAGAAUCACCGGAGCUUCUAGUGCAUCUUUUUCGAACCCAGAAAUUCCAUGGAGAUCUGCGGACGAGCAAUUCGAUGCAGCCCUUAAGGUUGACGACUCGCUCUUUGUCAUUGAAGAGCAAAACUUGUUCAUUGAUGAGAUCCGGGAGACCAGUCGUUGGGUUUCCGUCCAUGAGAGUCUGGCCUGGAAUUCGGAAGAUUCGACUUCCAAGAGAUUAGAUGAUUGGUUACAGAGAGGCUUGGCUCGUCUCAUUCCCUUUCUCACCAAGGAGGAUGGGCCACUCGGAUGGGCAUCUGAUCCUGAGAUGUUUUCUCUCUGUUCUCGAAUCAUCCUCGCUUCAGUAUCACUGGAACAAAAGGGGUACGCGAGUGCAGCACUCCUCGAAGCUCUGAAAGCGGCCAAAAAUGCUCUAAGAGAUUCAGAUUCCCAAAAGAGGCACAUUUCCAGCCUAUUGGUCAAGCCUUUAGAAUAG